AUGGCAAUAAUUAAUGAUGAAUCAAUAAAUGAUUUUUAUAUAAAAGAUGCAUGUCAAAAUUUAGGUGAUAAAUGUCAACAAAAUACUGAUUGUUGUUCACAUCUAAUCUGUUAUUUUAGUCAAGAUAAAAAUCUUUGUUUACCAGUUGACAAACAUAUGAAACGUUAUAUGGAAGAUUUUAUUAUUCCACCAUAUUAUAAUCCAAAAAAUCAUCUUUAUCCAUAUGGUAUUAGUAUGCCACCAUUUCCAUUUUAUAAUGCAUAUAGGGAAAAACAAUCAAAAGCAUAUCAAAGAAAUAAAAUGGAAUGGGAUCAUUGUCAAUUUCAUGAAGAUUGUGGUGAAGGCAAUUGUUGUUAUGUUCAUUUUCGAUUUCGUAGUUUGCCGAAAUCAUUUUGUCGACCAAAUCGAAAUAAUAAGAACGAACUUUGUGAACCUCUUACUAAAUAUCGUUCACUCAAAGAUAUACCAGCUUGGAAACAACAUCAAAAACAACAACUUGAUGAUAAACAACAUGAAUCAUAUUCAUUAUCCAGCGCAUAUUUGGGCCAAUAA